AUGGCGGGCCCCAUCGACAUGGUGGAGGUGGCGCAGAAGCCCAGCGGCCCCUCCAUGAAGGGAAAGACCGUCACCAACUGGCUGAACCACACGUUGGGCCAGGCCACCCACAAGCUGGACCACGGCGCGGUGGCCAGCGCCGCGGCCAAGCAGGCGCAGGGCCUGGCGCACUUUGGCAUCGACAACGCGGCGCUGGAGCGGCUGGGCCUGGACCACCAGGCGGCGGACCGAGUGUACCGGGCCAUGUUUGUGUACUCCCAGGGCCUUCAUGCGGUGCUGCAGGAGGCGGUGGGCCGGGCGAAGAACAGUUGGACAGCGCUGCUGGUGUUGUGGAGGGCCUUCCAAGCAGUUCUGGAGCAGGCUGGCCAGAGUGAUGAGCAUGGCUCUGAGAGCCUUGCUGCCCUGGUGCAGCGUGGCAAUGAGGAGGAGAAGGAGAGGGUCGAAGGCCAGUUCCGGGACCAGAUCAGCGGCUUGCAGACUCAGGUGGAGAGACUGACGCGGGAGCUCCGCGCCUCUAAGGAUGAGCUUCAGCGUGUGAAGGAGGACGAGAUGCGAAUGCGAAACGAAUGUGAGAAGUACAAGACAGACUUUGAAUCCACGGAGAGGCGUUACGAGGUGGAGCUGAAGAAGCGCGGCGACGCGGAGGUGAAGUACCUCGACAAGGUCCGCGAAUGCGAGGCUCUCGAGGAACAGCUCAGCAAGAAGGAAGAUGAGAACUUGGAUUUGAAAGAGCGGCUCUACGAGGAGCUGGCGUCCAAUGCAAAGGCGAAGCAGGAGAACGACGUCCUGCUCAAUCAGAACAAGGCGCUCGAGGGCCAGGUGCAGGGCCUGCGGUCGCAGGUGCAGGAGGCCAGCAUCUACAAGCAGCGGCUGGAGCAGCAGGUGGGGCUUCUGAAGCAGCAGAUGGAGCAGGCCCUUGCGAAGACCUCCGAGCUGCAGGAUCAGCUGGACAUCGAGCAGGAAGCCAACAAAAAGCUCACGGAGCAGAUCUCCCUCGAGCAGCGCCAGAGUCGGCGCAUGGAGCGGGAGCUGGAGGAUGAGCAGCACAUGCGCAAGGAGAUGGAGAACGAGCGGAACCUGCUGCGGGAGAAGCUCUCGCGCCUGGAGAAGCAGGAGCUCACCUUGAUCGAGGACCGGCGGAACUUGCAGAAGCAGCUGAACGACCUCAGCUUGGUGCACCGCACUGGCCAGAUCGAGCUGACCCGCAAGGCCGAGCAGCUGGAGCGCACGGAGAAGACGCUGUCCACGUUGCAGGUGAGCCACCAGGAGCUCCAGAACUUGCACCGCACCAUGGGCGUGGAGCUCGACAACCUGCGCGAGGACGUGGUGCGGAUGGACGACCAGCUCACAAAGGAGGCCGUUGAUGGGUGA